AUGGCCGUGGCGCGGCUGGCGGGUUUGUCUUGCCGCGGGCUGCUCCUCCUGCGCCGGACGAGUGGGCGGUGGGGGGCCUCGCAAGGAAGUGUCCUGCACACAGAGAUGCCCUCUGCCUCCCCUAGAGUGACCAGCAGCUGUGUCCAGGGAGCCUCAGACAUUCCUCUUCUCACCAAAACUGUGGGCCAGUGCCUGGAUGAGACCGCUGAGCGGUCUCCCAACCGCAAUGCUCUAGUCUUCUGCCAAGAUCAGGUUUGGAAGACAUUUGCUCAGUUCAAGGAGGAGGUUGACCAGGCGGCAGCUGGGCUUCUGGCUCUUGGCCUGAAGAAGGGAGACCGGCUGGGGAUGUGGGGUCCCAAUAAAUAUGAGUGGGUUCUCAUGCAGUUUGCAACUGCCCAGGCGGGAAUCAUCCUGGUGUCUGUGAAUCCAGCCUACCAGGUCCUUGAGCUGGAGUUUGUCAUCAGGAAGGUUGGCUGUAAGGCACUGGUGUUUCCCACUCAAUUUAAAACACAGAAAUACUAUGAUAUUCUAAAGCAGUCAUGUCCCGAGAUAGAAAAAUCCAGUCCAGGGGGAAUAAAGAGCAAAAGGCUACCUGACUUAUCCAUUGUCAUCACACUGGACUCCAAGCUGCCUGGCACUUUCCACAUGGAUGAAGUGAUACAGGCAGGGGACAGCAGCCAUAUGAAGCAGUUAAGAGCUGUGCAGCGGACCCUCUUCUGCAAUGAACCCAUCAACAUCCAGUUUACUUCAGGAACAACAGGAAGCCCCAAAGGAGCCACUCUCUCACACAGGAACAUCGUGAAUAAUGCCAAUCUGCUCGGUCUGAGGCUAGGGUUCACAGAGCAGGACGUUCGUGUUGCUGUUCCCGCACCCCUCUAUCAUUGCCUGGGAUCCGUGGGAGGCUGCAUGGUGAUGGCUCUGCAUGGGUCCUCCUGCAUCUUCCCGUCACCGAGUUUUGAGGGCAAGGCUGCUCUGGAGGCAGUGGCUCGAGAGAAAUGCUCCCAUCUCUAUGGCACACCAACCAUGUUUAUAGACAUGCUCUCCCAGCCGGACUUUGACUCCUACAACCUGUCAACUCUUCGGGGAGGACUCAUUGGAGGUUCCCCUGUUCCCCCUGAUGUCAUGAAGAUGAUUAUCACUAAGAUGCACAUGCCAGAGAUUGUGGUUGCCUAUGGGACCACAGAAAACAGCCCUGUAACCUUCAUGGGAUUCCCCAAUGACACCAUGACCAGAAAAACCGAGACAGUGGGAUGCAUCUUCCCCCACACAGAGGCAAAAAUUGAGGAUCCAGAAACAGGGCAGCCUGUGCCUCUGAACACUCCUGGGGAGCUUCAGAUCCGUGGCUACUGUGUCAUGCUGGGCUACUGGGAUGACCCUGCCAAGACAAAUGAAGUGGUCACUGUUGAGGGGUGGUACAAGACCGGGGACCUUGCAAGCCUGGAUGAGCGUGGCUACUGCAAAAUCAUCGGCCGGUGCAAAGACAUGAUCAUUCGGGGAGGAGAGAACAUCUACCCAGCAGAACUUGAACAGUUUCUCCACACUCAUCCCAAGGUUGAGGAGGUCCAGGUGGUUGGUGUGAAGGAUUCACGAAUGGGAGAAGAGAUCUGUGCCUGCAUCCGUGUGAGAGAUGGGCAGGACUGCACCAAGGAGGAGAUUAAAGCUUUCUGCAAGGGGAAGAUCUCCCAUUUCAAGAUCCCACGGUACAUUGUGUUCGUGGAUCAGUACCCACUCACUGUCUCGGGCAAGAUUCAGAAAUACAAGUUGAGGGAGCAGAUGGAGAAGAACCUUCAGCUCUGAGCUCAGGAAGACAGAACAAAAACUGGGGUAAAU